ACGCGAUCAAAAUGAGUGUUGCUGCUGGAACACCCAAAGGUUCCUAUGUGGGCUUGGAGAAGAAAGUGGUUCUGAUCACAGGGGCAAGUUCUGGAAUUGGAGCUGGUGCAGCUGAAGUGUUUGCUUGUCAUGGAUCAUCUUUGAUCCUCUGUGGCAGAAAUGCAGAGAACUUGCAACAAACUGCAGACAAGUGCAUUGAGCUUGGUCUGUCACCUGACAAGAUUGUCCAAGUGGUGGGUGAUGUGGCCGAAAAAGAAGACCUAGAAGCUUAUUUGAACAAGGGGCUUGAGAAGUUUGGACGCUUAGAUGUUGUGGUGGCAAAUGCAGGCAUAGGAGUCCCUGGAAAUCUGGAAACCUUGACUCUGGAACAAUAUGAGCACCAGCAGCUGGUGAACACAACAUCUGUCUUCAGUUUACUCAAACUUGCAAUGCCAGAGUUGAAGAAGACCAGAGGAAAUGUUGUUGCUGUGUCCUCAAUUGCUGGUCUGAAACCAAUUGACUCAAUGUUGACAUAUUGUGUGAGCAAAGCUGGUAUGGACCAAAUGAUCCGCUGCAUCUCCUUGGAAGUGGCAAAAGAUGGCGUUCGCGUCAACUGCAUAAACCCUGGCGCCAUCUACACUAAUAUUUUCAAUGCAAUGGGCAUUUUUGGAGAUGGAAUGACUUAUGAAAAGGCCAAUGCAUUGGUAUCAAAGACUCAUCCAAUUGGAAGGAUUGGAAAUGUUUAUGAAACUGGAAAAGCCAUUGCAUUCUUGGCAUCAGAUGAUGCAUCAUUCAUCACUGGUGUGACCCUGAGGGUGGAUGGAGGAGCUGCUCUGGUUCUUCCCUUGCCUGAUAUUCCUCUUGGAAACAAGUGAAAGUCACAUUUGGGAAAAUAUAUACAGUAUUUUAAAUUGCCUGCAUGUCUGCCUGUAAUGAAAAUUAAUGUACUGUAUUUACUCAAUAGUAAUAGCAUGUGCC